AGGGACAGAGAGAGAGAGAGAGAGAGAGGAGGGAAACAGGAGCAUCAUUUUGAUGGCGUCUCAGCAGUCCAGGAUUCAAGGCUAUUUGGAGAAAAACAGGAUCGGUCCUUUGUUCGAGGAACUGAUGACAAAACUGAUAACCGAGACCCCUAAUCAGCCGAUCCCCUUCUUAAUACAUCAUCUGCAAGCUAAGCUGGGGAGCCCCAGCCAGCUACACAGGACCUUAUCAGGCUCUGCUGCCCUUUGGGCAGAAACAGAAAACAAGGGGUCCCGGCGAGAUUAUAGAGGCUAUGACAAACCAUGGCUGGCAAAUGCCAAAAAGCCCAAAAAGUCAAAGAGUGACCUUGCUGUCUCCAACAUUUCUCCACCAUCACCAGAAUCCAAGUCCUUGCCAAGGUCAAUAGAACAUGCUGCGUGGGACUGGCGUACUAAACCAGAAAGCCACAACUUUGAUGAACUUAACCACAUCCUUCAGGAAAGCAAGAAACUGGGCAAAGCACUGGAGAGCCUUUCUCGCAGUAUCGCGCUGUCUGAUGAAUUUGAUCAGGACCUAGGAGCUUACGGUUCCUCCCUCGUUAAACCACGAGUAGUUGGAGAGUGGGUUGGACGUGAGGAAACGGAUGCUGAUCCUCUGGCAGCAGAAAUGCUGCAGCCUCCAGUGCCUAGAAUUAAAAGUGAAAGUGAGGAGCAACACAGCCCAGGAAGUGUGAAGACGGAGCAGAAGAGCAAAGGAUUAAAACAACAACAGCAACAACACAAGAAGCUAUUAGCGGCAAUGCUAUCGCAGGAUUCCUUUGACUCAGUGCACAGUGCCACACCAUCUGUGAUGGAGGAAGACAUAGAUGCGGAGGACGAUGCCAUGGAAUUGUUGGAGGAUCUGGAUGACUUGAGAAUGGAAGGCAUCAUUGCAUGCGCUUCUGGGAGCAAGUUUAGCCAAGGACGAAGUGGUUACUCUACAGAACCUCUGGCCAAAGUGACUCUCAACAUCUGUUCAAGGUGUGCCAGACUCCAGGGAGACAAUCUGAUGGAAGAAUCAGAUGAUGGAGCACUGGUGUCACAUUCCCCCGAACAAACAGUGCCUGGACCACUUGGAGAGACUCCAUUGCCUGGGGUGGAAAGAGCGAUGGAAGGAGACAAAGAAUUUGAGACUGCUUCUCAAGUAUCAGGCCCACUCCAGCCAGCCUGGGAGUCCAUUGUACUGUCUGCUCGAAGUGGAGACUCUUUGAACCAGAAGCAACCAAAGGAAUCCUUGGCCUUGAAGAAACUGUUAGCUGUGGAGAAGCAUCUCCUGGAACUUGAGAAGGACCACGUGAUGAACGCACUUACAGUCGAGAACGAGAUGCAAAGGAGUCCCAACAGCCAAAGCAGAUUGAACCCAUCGAUUCACCUCAGAAGCUUACUGGGACAAAAUUCUAGGCCUCGGACACCAGUGAGUCUACUUGGGAAAGAAUCUCUACUGCUGAGCCCAGGAAGCAAAUUACCACCAAGCCCCACCAACCAAGGCAGUAGACCAGAAACUCCCAACAGCUGGUCUCGAACGUCAGCCCUUCAAGGAAGCAGGCCCACAACCCCAAACAGUCCGUUAUUUCAAACUCCAACUUCCAACAACCCUGGGAGCAAAGAAGAAACCUUUGUUAAUCCAAAGAACAAGCCAGUAAAACCCAGCAAUCAAGGCGGGAGACCCCUAAGUGACUCGUCCAUCCAGCCUGGGCAAGUCGCUGGAGUAAACAUCGAGAACCUGACUCAAAGGAACUAUUUGUCUGAGGAUGAAUCUUUUCAACAGCUUCAGGUUACUCGACAGCCUUGGAUGCUGCCAAGUGACACGGAUAGUGAAGGUUUAUGAUCUGAUGCAAAGAUUCAACAGAAGGGCAUGACAACACUGAAUAUGCAACUAACUGAAGACAAAGGGAAAAUUUAAUAUCCUCUGUACAUUGAAUUAAAGCUACAGAAGUUUUAUAUUUUUAUAAAGUACAGACACUGCCUGUUAUUAAGAAAUUACAUAGGAACAGAAACAAUGCUUUGUUUCAACACUUACAAUUGGAUGGAGUGAAUGCAAUAUAAAGUAUGACAGACUCAAAGUGUAGCGGACAGACUGCACAGCUUACAGGGGGAGAAAGACAACUGGGGAUAAAUUUGAUUGUUUCAUUCAUAGUUGUGCCUCUGAUCAAGAAUUUCUUGCAUUUAUUUCAAUAUGUUUGCUGUAACCAUUUGCUGUAAAACCUGGUGUAUACGUUCCACUCUUAUUGCUGUGCAUGUUGUACAAAUUACAUUGGUGUCAAAUGAUCAGUGGUGCUACACUAGCCACAUUAGAGGGUUUAUUGGAGGAUUUAAAUAGAUGUCAUAUUUCGGGUACAUACACUGGAUUUUACUGCAGUAGCGGGGUUCUGGUAAUGCAUCCUCAUCUCGAUUUGUAUCUUGUACAUAUAACAAUUGAAGGUUUUUCUUUACUUUGCUUCUUUUUCCUGUUUUUGAUACAAAAUCAGUGUGCAUUCUGCUUUUAUUUUGUAACUAAAGAAAAGAAAGACUUUGGAACAAGAAAGAUAAAUUGAGUU